UACACGGAGGCUGUUAACAAACAAGAAGAACAAAGAGCACUGAAAAAUGGUCAGGUCUUGUAUGGAGUUGUUACCUUGAAAAAAUCCAAUGAGCUGACAGUAAUUCCAGCAAUGUGGCUGAAUGAAGAGAAGACACAAUGCUACUGGCCUCCAUAUAAGUCACCAGAAAUGUGCACAGAAGCUGUAAAGUACAGACAUGAGCCAGCCAAACAAGUAGAGAUACUAUGGGAGAGGUUAAAUACUAAAGUACACAUGGAAUGCAUCACUUUUGAGCAGGCAAAGAAGAAGCAAAACUCAUUAAAAAGGCUGAGAGAACGGGAUCAAUCCUCAUUUCCUGAAACUUUUCAUAGCAUAACAGAAAAUAAAUCUGGACUGUUUCAUGUACCAACAUCUACUUAUUCAAGUGUUUCCUGGAAAGGUACUAAAAGAAAACAUCUUACUGAAUCUUUGUCAAGUUUAACUCUAAUAGAGAAAGUAAAACAGACCAUUAAAGGAGUUGAUGUUAGAAUUCAGGCCCUAAAGAACACAGACCCUACCAUGAUCACUAACUGUAUUCUAGAUGCAAUUGCUAAGAUGGAUAAUAAUGACAAACACAAGAAUAAGAAAACUGUUGGGAUUUUUGGUCAAUCAGGAGAAGGAAAGAGCACUCUAUUAAGUGCAAUCAUGGGACAAGAGGAUUUACUUCCAUUUGCUAGUUUUGGUGCAUGCACAGCUGUUGUAUCUCAGGUGGAAGCAAAUCUGAGUGACUCCAAAUACACAGCAGAGAUUGAACUCAUUUCUAAAGAGGAAUGGGAGAAAGAACUCCAAGAUCUUUUCAUUGUUUUAUCGGAUGACAGUAAGGACAGGAAUGAUGACAUGAUGGAAAUUGCUGUAGAAAAGCUCACUGCACUGUAUGGAGAAGAUGCACAUAAGAAAACAUUAGAAGAGCUCAAGAUCAUGAAUCAUGACAUACAUGCUGAAUUUGAUGACAUUUUGUCCAACAAUAGCAUAACCAUCUCAAAAUGUAAUGCCUCUGAAUUUGCCAAUGAUGUUGCUUGCUUCAUACAACAUAGUGAAUCAAGUCCUGGUGGUUUAUACUGGCCGCUUGUGAAAAGCGUGAAAAUUAAGAUUCCAAAUUGUCGUGACCUUUUGGAGCACGCUGUCCUAAUUGAUUUUCCUGGUACUGGAAACUGCAACAAGAUCCGAGAUGACCUCUGGAAAUCUAAACUAAGAGAUUGCUCUUCUGUCUGGGUUGUAAGUGCCAUUAGUCGAGCCACUACUGAUAAAGGUCCAUGGGAGAUGUUAAAGCAAUGCAUUGAAGAGCUGGGACCUGGAGGAGAAUGCAAAAGCAUAAACUUCAUCUGUACCAAGACUGAUGACAUUAAUCCAAAAGCCUAUUGCAGGUCAGCACUUCUUCCUGACAUGGUAAAUGUAGAACCAUAA